GUAUUAUCUAGUUAUAUACAUACAUCCAACAACUUCACAGUAAUUCCUCGUCUUGCACACUACUUCAUCGUGCCUGACAUUUAUGCACUACAGUCAAAUCACCAAUUUAUACGCUGUAAACAUCAUGUGGUCUGUCAAGUUUGUAGUGAUUACCGCAUUCGUAGCAUCAACACAAGCACAGCAACGAAUUGAAACUCCGACAAUUUUAAGACCUCAGAGUAGGAUAAUCAAUCCAUUAAAUCUAGAAGCAGAAGAUCCACUACCACAGCCGUUUCGUAGACCAGCAGUUCCUUUAUUCAGAGGUCGCGGCUUUAGUUUAGACGGUCAAGAACCUAAAUUCGUUCCAAUUGAUCAACCUACACAUCCAACAUUUUCAUUCGAAAACGACAAGUCGAACUCGGAUGAAAGUAGCAACAGCAAUAGUAAUAGCGAAAGUAAAGAAAGCGAAGAUGAUAAGCCAAAUGGCCAACCAACGGCCAGGCAAACCCUUUUUCAAUAUCAAUCGCAACCUGAAAGAAAUCAACAACAGCCACCACAAUUCCCAGGAUUUAGAGCACAGACUCUAUUUUCAACACAAUCACAGCCGACAGUUCAAAUACAGCCACAACUCCCGAAGAAAACCGUCCAAAGACCUUUUAAACGGGUACAAGUUCCUCAGUCAGCUGAACAAACAGCUGCAGCUAAAGUUUCGGAAAAGGUUCACAAAGUAAAAAUUGAACGGACAGAAUCAGAUAAAAGUAGAAAUAAAAAACCCGUGUCACAGGUUUUACGACGAUAUAGAGAUGAUAAUUCAGACGGCAGUAUUACGUGGGGAUUCGAAAAUGAUGACGGAACUUUCAAAGAGGAAACUAUAGGGGUGGACUGCGUGACUCGUGGGAAGUAUGGAUAUAUAGAUCCUGAAGGAGUUAAACGCGAAUACUCGUACCAAUCUGGUAUUCCAUGCGAUAAAAAACUCAGCGAAACUAACGUGAAUGGGCGUUCGACUGUAGAAGCACAAGCCAGUGAAUCACACGGUUACAUAGAUUAUUCAAAAAAUCAGUACGUAAUGGCCAACGGACAAACGGUUAGUUUGAAUGGUAUGGUAAAAAAUAGGGCGAGAAAACCUAUACGCAAAACUUCAAUUAUCCAAGUACUUGAUAGCAACCGUAAUUCACCGGAAAAUAAUUAAACACUUAUACAUCAACACAACGUUCAAGUUUAUCAAAGUUUUAUUUAAAUUAAAAAAUUAUAGAUAUAGGAUUUUAUAGGAACUUGUAACUUUUAAGUUAUUUUAGUUGAUACAAAACAUAAUUCAUAGUUUUACAGCCUAGAUUAUAGUUUUAUGUUAAAAAUAAAUGAUUAGACUGUUUUGUAAAAAUAUAUAUUUAUAUGUAAGUAUUUUUAGUUGCCUGUUAAUCCUAAAAACAUUAUUAGGGUUGUCUUUAAUUCAGUCUUAAAAAAAUUGAUUUUCAGUCAUUAGUUUAAAUAAAACAAGGCAUUUCUAAAAAAAACAGUUGUAGUAUUUCAAGGUUAGAAAAGAAGUGACCAUAUGAAUUUUUUUUUUAGUGUUUAAAAACAUUUAAAAUUCAAUUGAUAAAUAUAUAAAAUUAGAUAGAUUGUUUUACACAAAAACUAAUCAAAAAUUGAACCUUAAUACUUGAUGAGUUACUGUUCAAAACAAUGUGACUAUUUCCAUACAUUCAUUAAUAUAAACUUAUUAAUUUAAUUGAACUCAUUAUUUUAAUUAUGGCACUUGAUGGUUUUUUAUAAUAAUUGAUUCAAUUAUUUUUUUCACAAUGUUUAUAAACAAACUUUUCUGUAUUAAUUAUAAAUAAAGUCAUAGGAAUUUAGUAAUUUUAAAUAUAUUUAAGAAAAUACAUUGAAAUUUUUUUUCUUAUGAACAAAGUAAUUCAGAAUAGAUGGAAGUUUGUAAACCCAGUUUUGUUUCUGACAAGAAUACACAUUUAACAAAUAAAAUAAAUAACAAUGUCUACUAAAUAUUUUUAAUUUAUUUGUUAUAUAAGCCUGACACAUAAUUAAAAUAAUUUUAACAGUAUUAAAAAAAAAAAAAAUCACUAAUAAAUACGUCAAAUACCUAUAAAGUUAAACAUAUUUGCUUUGAGUAAUUUAUUUAAGGUUACGGCCUAAGUUUAUUACAAGACUAUAAGGACAUCAACAUAAGACUUAUAGUUUAUAUAAAACUUUGGUAAUAUAAUAAAUAAAAAUGUAUUAUACAACAUAAAACAACAUAUGUGUGAUAAUCAAAGCCGUUUUAAAGAAUUUUAAAUAAAUUACUAAAUUAUAAUCAAUACACAAGCUGAACAUUUUUGUUAAAAAUAGUACUAAGACAAUUAAAAAAUAAAAAAUAUAAAAAGUAUUAUCUGUUCUAAAUUUUUGACAGUGACUCGAUAAAAAGACUAGCACCAUUCACACUUAUUCAUUCAUGCCUUACAUUUUUUUAUUGUGAAUCAAAAUUUAUAAGUGUAUACAUUGAGAAUUAAAAUGAAAACAUUAUAUUCAAAUUGCACAUAAAUGGUGAAACAUUAUAACAAUUGUGUAAUAAAAAAAAUUGUAUAAAUAUUUAUACCUCAUACCAUGACAUAAUAUACAAUAAAGAUAAUACAGCUUUUAUUACUAUCAGCUGUAAACUUAAAUAUGGUUUAAUAAAUUCAAUUCUGCUCACCAAUUA